AACAUGCACCCAGCGAGCAACCUCGUCUAUGGCACACACCAGCCAGCACCCUUCCCCAUAUCUGCUACCUCCUGUGUCUGCUUCUGCUCUCUGCUGUCCCUACUGCAAGCUGUUUGGUUCGGUUCCUCCCACACCCUGACGUCGUGCGCUUUUCCUACGCGUCCUGCCGUCCUCCGUACUGUUUGCUGAUCAUGCGCGUGAUUGCCGCUUAUUUCCCGCGAAGAUAACGUCGAAGCCGCGACCAUCGAACAGUUAUGUAAAUCGCGGUAGUUCCUUCCGUACACUGUACAGCGGCCGAAGGUCCCCUGAUUCGUUUCAGCUACGCACGUCAUGUAAAUACUCCGUCGCUCCCUGGACUUGUUUUCAUCGUAGGGGGUCCAUUAAUCAACCCCGCGUUUCCGUAGCUUUAGGUCCUCUAGCUUUUCGACCUUAGCUUACUCCAGGGAGGGGAAGCAGCCGCUCCCUCCCACGCAACCCCUGUCCUUUCGCCAGCGCCUUUUUCGCCAUAGUUCGCCAGCAUGUACCCCGGGCUGCAGCAGGAGCUGGGGGUAACAGAGGAUGAUAACUCCGCCGAUCUCGGGCCCGCGCCGCAGACCCUAGCAGCGGCCGGCACGGGCAACACUAGCUCAGGCGGCAGCAGCUUUCCCGCGGGGCUAAGGGUGCUCGUGGUAGACGACGACCCACUCUGCCUCAUGAUCCUCGAGCGCAUGCUCCGCCAAUGCUCCUACACUGUGACGACGUGCAGCCGCGCGGCGACGGCGCUGUCGCUGCUGCGCGAGAACCGCGACAAGUUCGACCUGGUGAUCAGCGACGUGUACAUGCCCGACAUGGACGGCUUUAAGCUGCUCGAACUCAUCGGCCUCGAGCUCGACCUCCCUGUCAUCAUGAUGAGCGCGAACGGCGAGACGAGCGCGGUGAUGAAGGGCAUAACGCACGGCGCGUGCGACUACCUCUUAAAGCCCGUGCGCAUCGAGGAGCUGCGCAACAUCUGGCAGCACGUCGUGCGCAAGCGCUCCACCCCGCGCGACGCCGCCUUCAAGCAGGAGCCCACGGGCGACUGGGACGAAACCGCCGCGGGGGGGGGCGGGGGAGGCGGCGGCGGCGGGGGCGCUGCUGCUGGCGCCACGAGCAUGGUGGGCGGGGGAGGGGGAGGCGGGGGAGGGGGAGGGGGAGGGAGUGUUGCUGGCGGUGGCGGUGGUGCGGGUGGGUUGCAGAGCCAGGGGCGUGAUGGGGACGGUGGGGGGGAGGGGGAGGCGGAGGCGGAGGGGGGGUGGGGGGGGGAGUGAGGGGGACGGGACGGGGAGCAAGCGCAAGAAGGAGGAGUAUCUGGAGGACGCGUCGACGCUGAAGAAGGCGCGCGUGGUGUGGUCCAUCGAGCUGCACCAGCAGUUCGUCAACGCCGUCAACAGGCUGGGCGUCGAC